AUGACCAUGGCUGUGGAUAGUCAACAUCGGACUCUUGGGUCCUUUGGUUUCGACAACCUCGCAUACUCUGGCGCUCCUCAUUUUACAAACCCAUGGGCCACCGCCACAACCGCUGCCAACUCCUCGAGCCACUAUUUUCCGACAUCAUUAGGUUCAGCCAACCUUGGCUUGGAUGCCAUUGCAAAGCAGCAGGCUGCCCGCACUCACAAUGCCUCCAUGCCUUAUAGCUCCGUCCCCGUCACCGCCCCAACGACCCUGGGUGCCACUGCCGGCAACGGUCUGUCCAUGGCCUCGUACGCCCAGCCCGACCUCCAAGGCAUCUCGCAAGAUCUCCUGAAUGCACCUCGCUCAUAUGCCGCUCAACCGACUUACUCGACCGAGCCCUCAUCCACUUCGCAUGCCUAUGCACCAAACCCCACUGAGCCCUUUGCUCAGAUGGACUACACAAAGGCACACUACCCGACCGCACCGCAACCGAAUCAAUAUCAGGAUCACUCUCGCCGCUUAUCACAACCGUCAGUCCCUUCUAGCACCUUUUUGGGAGCUCCUGCUGGCCCAUACCGUCAACGACAGAGCUCCUUGGUUGACUUUAAUGACAGAGGCACCACAUCCUCAUCGCAACAGCCCCCGCGGAGCACGUUCAGUGACGCCCUCGACGCGGGUCGCGGCAUGGUUGCCAUGAGCCAAGAUAUCACGCCGAGAAACAUCUAUGGUCCUCGCGCUGGCCGCGGCUCGAAUGACUCGUAUGGCUUUCCCAGUCACUCUCCCAGCUCCUCCAUCUCCUCGGCGAGCACAUAUCCUUCGUACUAUGGUUCCGUCGACUCGUCUGUGACCGACUACAGCUCGACUUCGGACCCGUUGGAGCCCCUCUCCUCGCGAACCCUUCCUCGUCCUUCUGGCUUGGUCGGAAGCAACGUGGCCGUGCCUCCAGCACCACAGUCGAUGAUGACCCAAUUUAGCUCCAAAGUAGCUUCGAGCUCUCAGAAGAAGCACAAGUGCAAGAUCUGCGACAAGCGGUUCACCAGACCCAGCUCGUUGCAAACGCACAUGUACAGUCAUACUGGCGAAAAGCCAUUCUGCUGCGAAGUUGAAGGCUGCGGACGCCACUUUUCUGUCGUCUCCAACCUCCGACGCCAUCGCAAGGUGCACUCUGGAGCCCGGGACCACCGACCUUCCCCCGAAUAA